CCGGCGGCGGGGGCGGAGCCAGCCGGGGCUGGGGGGGCGGUGCGGCGCGCGGCCUAACGGCGGCGGCGUUGGGAGCUCGGAGGCUGCAGGUCCCGCGGCGUCCCCGCCUGCGAAGACACCCGGGGCCGCUGGCCGGGCGUCGCUCGGCGAUGGUGGGCGUUCCUGGAGCGGCCGCCUUUCAGCUUGGUCCUGAGAAGAGGGUGCCAGCAAUGCCCGGAUCGCCUGUAGAAGUGAAGAUACAAUCAAGAUCCUCACCUCCCAUCAUGCCACCCCUCCCACCGGUAAAUCCUGGAGGACCGCGACCAAUGUCCUUUACUCCUACAGCAUUAAGCAAUGGAAUCAACCAUUCUCCUCCUACCCUGAAUGGGGCCCCGUCACCACCACAGCGAUACAGCAAUGGUCCUGCCUCUUCCACCUCAUCUGCACUAACUAAUCAGCAGUUACCAGCCACUUGUGGUGCUCGGCAGCUCAGCAAGCUCAAACGAUUUCUUACAACUCUGCAACAGUUUGGCAAUGACAUCUCACCUGAGAUUGGGGAGAAGGUGCGAACGCUUGUUCUGGCACUCGUGAACUCAACAGUGACAAUUGAAGAAUUCCAUUGUAAACUCCAAGAGGCCACAAACUUCCCUCUUCGUCCUUUUGUGAUUCCGUUUCUGAAGGCCAACCUACCCCUGCUGCAGCGGGAACUGCUACACUGCGCUCGGGCCGCCAAGCAGACCCCAUCCCAGUACCUGGCUCAGCACGAGCACCUGCUGCUCAGCACCAGCAUCGCGUCCCCAGCCGACUCCACUGAGCUGCUCAUGGAAGUGCAUGGGAACGGGAAGAGGCCCAGUCCAGAGAGGAGGGAAGAGAACAGCUUCGACAGAGAUCCCGUCGCUCCAGAACCUCCUGCCAAGAGAGUGUGCACCAUCAGCCCGGCCCCCCGGCACAGCCCCGCCCUCACUGUGCCCCUCAUGAACCCGGGGGGCCAGUUCCAUCCGACGCCUCCACCUCUGCAGCACUACACCUUAGAGGAUAUUGCAACUUCACACCUGUACCGGGAACCCAACAAGAUGCUAGAGCAUCGAGAAGUUCGUGAACGGCACCACAGUCUUAGUCUAAACGGAGGCUACCAAGAUGAGUUGGUCGAUCACCGCCUGACCGAAAGGGAGUGGGCCGAUGAAUGGAAACACCUUGACCAUGCGCUCAACUGCAUCAUGGAGAUGGUAGAGAAAACCAGGCGCUCCAUGGCAGUCCUGAGGCGCUGCCAGGAAUCCGACCGCGAAGAGCUCAACUACUGGAAAAGACGCUACAACGAGAACACGGAGCUGAGGAAAACGGGGGCUGAGUUGGUCUCCAGGCAGCACAGCCCUGGGAGCACCGACUCCCUCAACGAUUCUCAGCGGGAGUUCAGCAGCAGGCCAGGUGCAGGGUAUGUGCCCGUGGAGUUUUGGAAAAAAACAGAAGAAGCUGUGAAUAAGGUGAAGAUCCAGGCCAUGUCAGAAGUACAAAAGGCUGUCGCUGAGGCAGAGCAAAAAGCCUUUGAAGUGAUUGCCACAGAGAGAGCACGAAUGGAGCAAACUAUCGCUGACGUCAAGCGGCAGGCUGCAGAGGAUGCCUUCCUGGUCAUCAACGAGCAGGAGGAGUCCACAGAGAACUGCUGGAACUGCGGCCGCAAAGCCAGCGAGACAUGCAGUGGCUGCAACAUCGCACGGUACUGCGGCUCUUUCUGCCAGCACAAGGACUGGGAGCGGCACCACCGCCUCUGUGGGCAGAGCCUGCACAGCCAGAGUCCCCACAGCCAGAGCCGGCCACUGCUGCCGGGGGCCAGGGGCGCCUCGGCCAGGCCUGCUGACUGCAGCGUGCCCAGCCCAGCCCUGGACAAGACCUCGGCAACCACCUCGCGCUCCUCUACACCUGCCUCCGUCACGGCCAUUGAUAGCAAUGGGCUCUGAACCCCAGAGCCUGCUUACCCAAUGGCCCCCGUGCCCCCUGCCCCCCAGGACACCGGGACCUGGCUGUGGGAGCCAUGCAUGCAGCUGCAGGGUCAUCAACGGGAAAGACAUGGGAACUGGAACAGACCGAGCCUGGGGCGUGCACCCCCCCAUUGUGUCUGGAACCUGCAGGAACACACGUGUGUCUGCGCAUAGGCGCCCGCCGGGACCCCACCACCGUGGAUUUCCUCACGUCCCCCCUCCCAGACGAAGCUGGCCAGGCCAGAGCACCGUGUGGCACACUAGCUCUCCGCUCCCGAGCCAGCAGACUGCCAGACGUGCAGGUGACCGGUCAGCCUCCUGGUCCCUGGGUAGGCAAAGCAUGGCCUUGGGACGCCCUCCUCAGCCCUGCUGGGCAGACUCGAUGGGAAGUUCAGAGAUGACAGGAAAGCAGUCACUGUUUCAAUGAAAACACCAGAAUAAUGAGUAAAUAAAUCUCCCCAAGCUUCACGGAUAAUUCUGUACAAGACUUUGUCCGCCCACCUGGCCAGUUGUCCUUGGAAACCAUUUUCCUUUCUUGCUUUUGUUUAUGCCAAGUGUCACUUCCAACGCGUGG